ACAAGUCACUCUUCAAAGAUGUUCUGCUACAUGUUGGGUUUAUUCUUCCUCUUUGUUUGCAUGGAAGUUGUGUUUGGUGCUGAUACAGAUGAAGUCAAGUCAUUAUCAGUAACGGAGGGAGAUUCUGUCACUUUAAACACUGAUGUUACUGAAAUACAGAAAACUGAUCAGAUUCUGUGGAUGUUUGGACCUCAAGAGACUCGUAUCGCUGAAAUAUACAGGCAGAACAUUGACAUGUUUGACAGUAAUGAGACAUUUGGAGACAGACUGAAGAUGGACAGACAUACUGGAUCUCUGACCAUCACAGACAUCAGAAAUGAACAUUCUGGACUUUAUAAACUAACUAUCAUCAGCACUAGAGGAACUUCAUACAAGAGAUUCAGUGUUACUGUUUAUGCUCCUCUUCCUGUUCCUGUCAUCAGAAACAAUGCUGUGAACAGUCAAAAAUCAUCCCCAGACUCCAGAUGUUCAGUGUUGUGUUCUCUGGCUAAUGUGAGCACUGUGAGUCUCUCAUGGUACAAAGGAAACAGUGUAUUGUCCAGCAUCAGUGUGUCUGAUCUCAGCAUCAAUCUCUCUCUACCUCUGGAGGUGGAAUAUCAGGAUAAAAACACCUACAGCUGUGUGGUCAACAACACCAUCACAAACCACACCACACAUUUGGACAUCAGUCAAACAUGCCACACAGACCCUCAAGAAAUAUACAGUCCUUUUGAUGGUGUGAUUCCUUCACUAAUUUACGCUGUGUUGGGCAUUACGGCUGUCGCUCUACUUGUUUAUUAUGUAAAAUUCAGAAUGAAAAAACAGAAUUCAAAUCCAAAGGUGUCCGUCAUCUAGAGUAUCAUGCAAGAGAUUUUGAGAUUUUCCCCAACAGAAGAAAAUCAUUUGAAGAUUGUUUGAUACCCAUACCAUUGACUUCCAUUAGUUUUUGCAGGAAGGCAUCUCGCAAACCUGAUUUCAGUCUUCUUGGACAGCACAAGAGUUUAUUUAUGUACAACAAACUACAAAAAUUUUGGUGAUGAUUAGGGGAAUAUUGUCACGUCAGCUGUAGUGCCAUCAUGUGGUCUUUUGGGCAUUAGUUAUGCUUUGUUUUUGUUCCUGUUUUGUAGAUGUUCACGUGAUCACUACUUUCCAGCUGUCCAUCAUCGUCUAAUUAGUGUUGUCUUUAUAAGCUCUGUUAUGUUGUGUUCAGUUAGCCUUUGGAUUUUUUUUUUUUUUUGCUGUUGGCACUGUUCUGUUUUGUUUUGUCUGGCUCUUAUCUGGUCCUAGUCGGUUUACCGACUCAUCGUUUUGGUUUGUUCACUGUUUCACGUUUUGAUUAUAUAUUUUAAUUCCUGUUUAAAUGUUGUUUGAUUCAC